CUCAUGCUUUACAGUUUCCUCCACAUCCUCCGGUCCGUCUUUCCGGUUCAUGAGCAAUCCUGGGUCUCGAGGAGUAGGAGGACACACCGGCGAGCUCGCUCACCUCAGUCUCAAUCCGUCCUCGACGGGCCAUCCCGUGUCACACAUGUUCUGCUGAGGCCGCGCGCCCCGAUCGAUAACCGACCAUGUCCACCGGGUCGCUUAGCGACGUUGACGACGAGCUCCUGGACGGCAUCCUGAAGUUCGGCUCUUCCGGUAAAGACUCCGGUACGUCGAACGAGAGCACCGGGGAGAGUUCGAACUGCGAGGGCGGCUCGGCCAACGACAAAUCAGCUAAGGGAAAGAAACGGAAAACAGCGUCCGGUAGGAAAACGGCGCUGAACGGCGUGGCGCACGAGGGGGGUGGCAAGCAGCCGCAGAGGAACGCGGCCAACGCACGGGAGAGGGCAAGGAUGCGCGUGCUAUCCAAAGCGUUUUCCCGUUUGAAGACGACUUUACCGUGGGUCCCGCCGGACACCAAGCUCUCCAAACUGGACACACUUCGCCUCGCCUCGAGCUACAUAGCCCAUCUACGGCAGAUCCUCGCCAACGACAAAUACGAGAACGGAUUUAUCCACCCGGUGAACCUGACGUGGCCUUUCAUGGUCGCUGGUAAACCGGAUAAUGAUUUGAAAGAGAUGCUCAACACCACCCGGUUGUGUGGAACAACCGCCUCAUGAUGUAACGGAUGGACAUGACAUUAACAUUAACCGUCAAGGAAUGGACAUUAUAAAUUUUUUGACUUUUUCAGAUGGACAGAAAUGCACGUAAUCUCUCCUAAACCAAAUAUUGAGUGAGAAUACCCGGAGAGCGCAUGCUCUCUCACGCGAUCCCAUACAGAGAAGCUGAUUUUAUAUUUAAAGUGUUCACAUGUUGCCUUUGCUGGUUCGAGGACAUAUUGUGUUUCUGUUUUGUAUACGUUUUUUAUACUCUUAAAAUGCUUUAUAAAACUUUGUCACACGAGUAUUUGUUUUACAGGUGAUGUUGUCAGUCACCGCGUUGGAAGUGCACGUGAAACAUGUGUCAAUAGCCUAUCUGAAUUAGCCAGAUUUUAUGUGAAUAAAAUGUAUUCAUCAUA